UACCCUCUACAAAACGAUUAAACUUAAGAUAAUAAAAUAUCCUUCUCUUCUUUAAUUUCAAAAUGAUAUUAAGUUGCCAGAAAAAUGCAACAUCUGUAUAAAUAUUGAUCAUACAAAUAAUUGCUUUUAUUACAUUAUGAAGUAGCGUCGCGUUAGGAAGACUUUCAACAGUGUGUGAAAAGAAAUCGGCUAGAAAAUUCUAUACUUAUUUUUACUUUCUUAAAGAUUAUAGAGAAUGGCCGCAACACAACUGAAUCGAGCUCGAACCAUCAAGAAAAUCGAAAAACCUCGGCCGCUUAAACUUGCUCAACGCCACGCGACCGUCGAUGGGCGGAUUACGACUGUGGAGGACAUAGUGUCCUUAAUCGACAAUGUUGCUAUGCAACUAACUAAUGGCUUCCAUGAUCGAACGCUGCAAAUAAGUGUGAUUACAAUGUGUAAUCAUUUAAAACUUUGUGCUCCUCAAUUAGAGGCUAUUUAUAAAGAUCAGCUGGACAGAGCUUUUGUGGCGAUCAGAAAUGGAAGUCAAGACGAAAAGUUAGAUUUGACGACUAGGGUUCACCUGCUGGAACUUAUAGAAUUAAGAGCCAAGCAAUGGCGUCACACAGAUUCUAUGGAUGUAUAUUAUACACAGAAAUUAUCGCAUUUAGAUAAUGCAGAAGCAAUUCCUGACACACCUACAAAUGUAUUGUCAUCUCCUAUGGCAACAAUGACUUCCCCUACUGUGGCACCUAUUUUAGGACCUGGUGAAGUUAUAAAAAAUAGCGGCAAAUUUGUUAAACCGACGCGUAUUCCUGGAAAAAACUACUGUAAAGAUGAAGUUGUUAUACGUAACAGUGAUUCUGGUAAAGUGAUGGGAAUAAAAGGGCGGCGGGUUCACAUGAUCGAAGAGCUCAGCCAGACAAUCAUCUCCUUCCAGCGAGUAAACCCUGGAGCCAAAGAACGACUUGUCCAAAUCACGGGUACUUCCGAGGACAAGAUACAUUACGCGAAGGAUUUGAUAAAAGAUACGAUUCAACGAAAUGCAUCGCCGGUGAGAUUGGAGCAAGGUGGAGGAGAAAAAGGAGCCAUGGGUGGUUCUAGCUCCUCACUAAAUAGUAGUGCGUCAGACGAAAGUAAUCGAUUGCAACAUCAGCAACAAAACUCUCGUUUACGAAGUUCACUCCUCCACAGCUUCUCCACCAACGACGCCAGUAUAGGCGAAUAUAAAUAUACAGUUACAGUUGGUAACCAGUCCUUAAAGAUCACAGGAUGCAAUCUCGACCUUGUUAGGACUGCAAAACUAGUUUUAGACGAAUAUUUCUUGGGAGAUUCUGAAAAUUUCACAAGUGGUAUAGAAUAUUUCAAUUUCGAAGAAGAGUCUCCAUUUUCGAUCUCGUCUUCCAGUACACAAAAAACAUUGUUAACUCCAAAUAAUACAAACGAAGUAGGCCGAGAAUUAAAUAUGGAUAGUACUGCGACGUCAGAAAGUGAAGAAACUUAUAAACCCUUUAUUAUACCUGAACCAAGUUCAUCAACUCAGGGAGUUCCAGAAAUUAGAGAACUCACAUACGAGUUUUUGUUGCUGUGUUCAACAGGCCCUUAUGCUAAACGACCGCCUGCAGAUUGGGCUCGUAUUCAAAAGGAAUGUCCCAACAUUGUUCGCAAGGAACCGAUUCGCUGGUUCGAACCGGAGACAUAUAAAGCUAAGGUGGCAGCUGCUGGUCUUGUUACAGUAUUGACGAUCGGAGAAGGAGAAACUGAUCCAGAAUGAGAGAGAUUGCAAAAUUGUUUAAUCACCAUGAAAUUGUAUGUAUUAAUUUACAUCGAUUUUUAUCUCGAUGUAUUGUGAUAAAUUUUUAAAAGUAAACUGGUAUAAUGUUCUGACAUGAAGGAAUAGGUAUUAUAUGAGUAACAUAAUAUGUAUUGCCGAACUUAAUUGUAGCAAUACAAAAUGACUAGUAUGAAUAUCAAGAUAUCCGCUAAUAUUUAAAAUUGUUUUCAAAAUAAUUUAAUAUUGUAAUAUUUUAAUAAGCAUUUAUGCUUUCUUAUAUUACACUUAUAUGCAGCAAAUUUGUGGAAUUCAUUUAAAAAAAGAUGUUGUCUAUUUCUAAUUAAUCGAACGUGUCUUGCAGCAAUAUUUUUAAUUUAUUUUACAAUGGUACAUCCAUGUACUGUUUUAUAUUUCGUAGUAGAUGGAAGAAAUUUCAAUAUCUUUAUUAUCAUUACUACUGCUGCUAUUACUCCUAUUAUUAUUACUAUCACUACUACCACUACUACUAUUAGUAUUGAAAUACUUCAUAUAAACACUUAUGAAAGACAAUAAACGAUUUUUAUAUUUUUAGUAUGACAUAUAGAUCAAAUUACGGUACUCAUAAAACAUAGCUUAUGCAAUUCAUAAUUAUUGAAUAUUGUCAAGUUAAAAAAUAGCAUUUCCAUUAAUAGUUUUGAAUUUAAAUUAACGAAGGAAAAUUGUUAAUUGAAAAAAGAGCAUAAUAUUACUAACAAAUGAUUGUUGAUUG